CACCUCGUCAAUGACGAGAAAACCCCCCUCUCUCACUACUUUCUCUCUCUAUCUCUAUCUUGUAUCUAUCUUGUGAGUGCAUCCCCUCUGUGUUGUGUAUAUCCGCAGCCGCAUACAUCGCCUGUCUUGUUUUUUCUUCUCAUUUUAUCCUCACAAAAUCCCCCAACAAAACAUAAUAAUAUCAUUUUCACAUAAUUACACAACACAUAAUAUUAUCCAGAUCUGAUAAUUCAUAAUACCCACUUUCAAAACCCCUUUAUCUUUCGAUCAAACGAACCUUUUGAUAAUAUUACCCGCACCCGAUAAUGUCGGUGGCGUUUAAUACCACCGUUCAUCCCCGACCCGACCCGAAUUUGACUAACCCGGUUUCUAAUUCUACCCGUUUGUUAAACGGGUUUUCCCGGGUCAGGGUUGGGUCGGGUGUGAAACAGUCGAGUUUGUUAGGGAAGAAAGUGUUCGGGUCCGGGUCGGGUUAUGAGACGGUUCGUUGGAAACGGGUUGACCCGAAACGUGGAGUGUUUGUGAUUCGGUCGAAUUUGUCGUUAGUGCCGGAGAAGCCGUUGGGGCUUUAUGAUCCGGUUUUUGAUAAGGAUGCAUGUGGGGUCGGGUUUGUUGCGGAAUUAUCCGGUGAAAGUAACCGGAAAACGGUGACUGAUGCGAUUGAGAUGUUGGUUCGUAUGUCACAUCGGGGUGCGUGUGGGUGCGAGACGAAUACCGGUGACGGUGCUGGUAUUCUUGUUGGACUUCCACAUGAUUUCUACAAGGAGGUAGCAAAAGAUCACGGGUUUGAGCUACCACCACCCGGUGAAUAUGCAGUCGGCAUGUUCUUCUUGCCUACUUCCGAAACUCGAAGGGAUCAAAGCAAGAUCGUGUUUACAAAGGUGGCUGAGUCACUUGGUCACACGGUUCUCGGCUGGCGUACUGUCCCGACAGAUAAUACUGGUUUGGGUAAAUCCGCUCUGCAAACCGAACCCAUUAUCGAACAAGUAUUUCUCACGCCCACGUCUAGGUCAAAAGCCGACUUUGAACAGCAGAUGUACAUACUAAGGAGGGUUUCAAUGGUAGCCAUCCGCGCUGCAUUAAACCUUCAACAUGGUGGGGUCCGGGACUUCUACAUAUGUUCUUUGUCUUCUAGAACUGUUGUAUAUAAAGGUCAGUUGAAACCGAACCAGUUGAAGGAAUAUUAUCAUGCGGAUCUUGGGAACGAAAGGUUUACGAGCUACAUGGCCCUGAUUCAUUCGCGAUUUUCAACAAACACUUUUCCUAGCUGGGAUCGCGCUCAGCCGAUGCGUGUUCUCGGCCAUAAUGGUGAAAUUAACACGCUUAGAGGCAAUGUUAACUGGAUGAGGGCACGCGAAGGUCUUUUAAAGUGUAAGGAGCUUGGCCUCUCAAAGAAUGAGAUGAAGAAACUUCUUCCCAUUGUAGAUGCCAGCUCGUCAGAUUCAGGUGCUUUUGAUGGUGUUUUGGAGCUUUUAGUGCGAGCCGGUAGAAGUCUUCCUGAGGCUAUUAUGAUGAUGAUCCCCGAAGCGUGGCAAAACGACAAGAAUAUGGAUCCUCAACGGAAGGCGUUAUAUGAAUACUGCUCGGCUUUAAUGGAGCCAUGGGAUGGGCCCGCUCUAGUUUCAUUUACCGAUGGUCGGUACCUCGGAGCCACACUGGACCGAAACGGGCUCCGCCCAGGUCGGUUCUAUGUUACUCACAGUGGACGCGUUGUUAUGGCUAGUGAAGUCGGAGUUGUUGAUAUUCCACCGGAAGACGUGUCUAGGAAAGGUAGACUUAACCCGGGAAUGAUGCUUCUUGUUGACUUUGAGAAACAUAUAGUUGUAGAUGAUGAAGCUUUAAAGCAACAAUAUUCGUUAGCAAGACCGUAUGGCAAGUGGCUUGAAAAUCAAAAGAUAGAACUUAAACAAAUUGUUGACUCUGUUAGUAAAUCCGCUCGGGCCCACCCUCCCAUCGCUGGCGUGCCAAAGGCAUCUGCAGCGGAUGUUGAUAUGGGUAUCCAGGGACUCUUGGCUCCGUUAAAGGCUUUUGGUUAUACUGUCGAAUCAUUGGAGAUGCUUUUACUACCAAUGGCUACAGAUGGUGUCGAGGCCCUUGGAUCAAUGGGAAACGAUGCUCCAUUGGCCGUGAUGUCUAACCGAGAGAAGCUAACGUUCGAGUAUUUCAAACAGAUGUUUGCACAAGUAACAAACCCACCGAUUGAUCCUAUACGGGAAAAGAUCGUAACUUCGAUGGAAUGCAUGGUGGGCCCGGAAGGUGAUCUUACAGAGACAACCGAAGAACAAUGCCGUCGGCUUUCAUUAAAAGGCCCCCUUUUGUCUAUUGAAGAGAUGGAGUCGAUUAAGAACAUGAAUUACAGAGGAUGGAGAAGCAAAGUUCUCGAUAUAACGUACCCUAAAGAACUCGGACGCAAGGGUUUGGAGGAAACCCUAGAUAGAAUUUGUUCUCAGGCGCAUGAUGCUAUCAAGGAGGGCUAUACUACAUUGGUGCUUUCUGACAGAGCCUUUUCAUCAAAGCGAGUGGCAGUAAGCUCCCUCUUGGCAGUUGGUGCGGUCCACCAUCAUUUGGUUAAAAAGCUUGAACGAACCAGGGUUGCGUUAAUGGUUGAAUCUGCCGAGCCACGUGAAGUACACCACUUCUGUACACUCGUAGGAUUUGGCGUUGAUGCCAUUUGUCCUUAUUUAGCAGUUGAAGCCAUUUGGAGGCUACAAGUCGACGGUAAAAUCCCGCCAAAAUCAAACGGCGAGUUCCACUCAAAAGAGGAGUUAGUUAAAAAGUAUUACAAAGCAAGUCACUACGGUAUGCAAAAAGUUCUCGCUAAAAUGGGAAUAUCAACUUUGGCAUCGUAUAAAGGCGCGCAAAUCUUCGAAGCGGUCGGGUUAUCGUCAGAAGUAAUGGAACGAUGCUUUUCCGGCACUCCUAGUAGGGUUGAAGGAGCCACAUUCGAAGCACUUGCCGGUGACGCUCUUAAUUUGCAUGAUCUAGGGUUUCCGACACGCGCGUUUCCGCCAAACAGUGCGGAAGCCGUUGCGUUACCGAACCCGGGUGAUUACCAUUGGAGGAAAGGCGGUGAGGUUCAUUUGAACGACCCGCUUGCUAUUGCGAAACUGCAAGAAGCUGCUAGGGGUAACAGCGUUGCUGCGUAUAAAGAGUAUUCAAAGCGCAUACAUGAGUUGAAUAAAACUUGUAAUCUUCGUGGGCUUUUGAAGUUUAAAGAGGGGAGCGUUAAGGUUCCUUUGGAAGAGGUUGAACCCGCUAGUGAAAUCGUGAAACGGUUCUGUACUGGUGCCAUGAGUUACGGGUCGAUAUCGUUGGAGGCUCACACUACCCUUGCCAUUGCGAUGAACAAAAUAGGGGGCAAAUCUAACACAGGUGAGGGAGGUGAAAAUCCAUCUCGUUUGGUACCGCUUCCAGAUGGAUCAAUGAAUCCGAAACGGAGCGCGAUCAAGCAGGUUGCUAGUGGACGGUUCGGGGUUUCUAGUUAUUACCUUACAAAUGCCGAUGAACUGCAGAUAAAAAUGGCUCAGGGAGCAAAGCCUGGUGAAGGCGGUGAACUUCCGGGUCACAAAGUUAUCGGAGACAUCGCUGUCACGAGAAACUCCACAGCCGGGGUCGGAUUAAUUAGCCCCCCGCCACAUCAUGAUAUUUAUUCGAUCGAAGAUCUUGCGCAGUUGAUUCAUGAUCUAAAGAAUGCAAACCCGUCUGCUCGAGUAAGUGUGAAGUUGGUUUCUGAAGCUGGUGUGGGAGUGAUUGCAAGCGGUGUGGUCAAGGGUCACGCGGACCAUGUCUUGAUCUCGGGUCAUGACGGUGGAACCGGUGCUUCCCGGUGGACCGGGAUCAAGAGUGCUGGGCUCCCAUGGGAGCUUGGUCUGGCCGAGACACAUCAAACCCUAGUUGCAAACGACCUUCGUGGUCGAACUGUUUUACAGACUGAUGGUCAGCUGAAAACCGGGCGAGACGUAGCCAUUGCCGCUCUUCUCGGAGCUGAGGAGUUCGGUUUCAGUACGGCCCCACUUAUUACGCUUGGCUGCAUCAUGAUGAGAAAGUGUCACAAAAACACAUGUCCUGUCGGGAUAGCCACCCAAGAUCCUGUUCUUCGUGAGAAGUUUGCGGGUGAACCGGAACAUGUGAUCAAUUUCUUCUUCAUGUUAGCGGAGGAAAUGCGGGAAAUCAUGGCGGAUAUGGGUUUCCGAACCGUUAAUGAAAUGGUCGGACGUGCGGAUAUGCUUGAAGUCGAUAAAGAGUUAACAAAAAACAACGAGAAAUUAAAAAACAUCGAUCUGUCGUUGUUACUUCAACCAGCCGCCGACAUCCGCCCCGAUGCCGCCCAGACUUGUGUACAAAAACAGGAUCAUGGGUUAGACAUGGCUCUUGACCAAAAGUUGAUAGAGCUCGCAAAGCCCGCUGUAGAAAAGGGUCUACCCGUGUACAUCGAAUCACCGAUUUGCAACGUGAACCGUGCUGUAGGCACGAUGCUUAGCCAUGAAGUAACGAAACGUUACCACGCGGCGGGACUCCCGGCUGAUACGAUUCAUAUCAAACUUAACGGAAGUGCGGGCCAGAGUAUCGGGGCCUUUCUUUGCCCGGGAAUCCUGCUCGAGCUUGAAGGUGACAGCAAUGAUUACGUCGGGAAAGGGUUGUCAGGUGGCAAGAUUGUUGUUUAUCCGCCAAAAGGAAGCGGGUUCGACCCGAAAGAAAACAUCGUGAUCGGGAACGUGGCUCUUUACGGUGCAACUAGCGGGGAGGCUUAUUUUAACGGGAUGGCGGCGGAACGAUUUUGCGUUAGAAACUCUGGGGCUAAAACGGUGGUGGAAGGUGUUGGCGAUCACGGGUGUGAAUAUAUGACGGGUGGGACCGUAGUCAUACUGGGCAAAUCCGGCAGGAACUUUGCUGCUGGGAUGAGCGGUGGAAUCGCGUAUGUUCUCGAUGUUGACUCGAAGUUCCGGUCAAGAUGUAACUCGGAGCUCGUCGAUCUUGAUAAGGUGGAAGAGGAAGACGAUAUUAUGACUUUGAGAAUGAUGAUUCAGCAACACCAACGGUACACAAACAGCCAGCUGGCGAAGGAAGUACUUGCUGACUUCGACAAUCUUUUGCCGAAGUUUAUCAAAGUUUUCCCGAGAGAUUAUAAGCGGAUUCUCGCUACGAUGAAAGAAACCGAAACCGCCAAAAAGGCUGCUGAAGAAGCGAAUAUCCGAGAGGAAGAGGAGUUGAACGAGAAAGAUGCUUUUGAAGAACUUAAAAAGCUGGCAGCUAAGUCAACGAGCGAGUCGGUCAAUAAAGUCAAGGAAACGGUUAAAGCGGUUCAACCGGCCGCACCCGCAACCAGACCAUCUCGGGUUGAGGAUGCGGUCAAACACCGUGGCUUUGUUGCAUAUGAGCGUGAGGGUGUGGCGUACCGGGACCCGGCUGUUCGCAUCAGCGAUUAUAAUGAAGUUAUGGUCGAGACUAAACCCGGCCCGCUUAUAAAAACUCAAUCCGCACGGUGCAUGGACUGUGGUACACCCUUUUGUCACCAGGAGAACUCCGGAUGUCCUCUUGGCAACAAAAUUCCGGAAUUCAACGAGUUGGUGUAUCAAAACCGAUGGCGUGAGGCUUUGGAUCGGCUUCUCGAGACGAACAACUUCCCGGAGUUUACGGGCCGGGUCUGCCCUGCUCCAUGUGAAGGUUCUUGUGUGCUCGGUAUUAUCGAAAAUCCAGUCUCGAUUAAAAGCAUCGAGUGCGCGAUUAUCGACAAAGCCUUUGAGGAAGGAUGGAUGGUGCCCCGACCGCCCCUUGAAAGAACCGGGAAAAAGGUAGCUAUAGUUGGAAGUGGGCCUGCUGGUUUGGCUGCAGCUGAUCAACUCAACAGGGCGGGCCAUACGGUGACUGUGUUCGAGCGUGCUGACCGAAUCGGUGGACUCAUGAUGUAUGGGGUUCCUAACAUGAAAACAGACAAAAUCGAUGUUGUUCAAAGACGGGUUGACCUUAUGGCCAAGGAAGGUGUAAAUUUUGUGGUCAAUGCCAAUGUAGGAACCGACCCGUCGUAUUCAAUCGAGCAGCUCCGUGAAGACAACGAUGCCGUUAUUUUAGCCGUAGGGUCCACAAAGCCUAGGGACCUUCCGGUUCCCGGACGAGAGCUAUCCGGAGUACAUUUCGCUAUGGAGUUUCUUCAUGCAAAUACUAAAAGCUUGUUGGAUAGCAAUCUCGAGGACGGUAACUAUAUAUCCGCAAAGGGUAAAAAGGUAAUUGUAAUCGGUGGAGGUGACACCGGUACGGAUUGUAUCGGGACGUCUAUACGACAUGGUUGCACCAGUGUUGUAAAUCUUGAGCUUCUUCCCCAGCCACCACAAACCCGAGCUCCUGGCAACCCUUGGCCACAGUGGCCUCGUGUAUUCCGUGUGGAUUAUGGACACCAGGAAGCGGCUAUGAAGUUCGGGAAAGACCCGAGGUCGUAUGAAGUGUUGACUAAAAGGUUUAUUAGUGAUGACAACGGGUCAGUGAAAGGUGUCGAGGUGGUGCGGGUUAAAUGGGAGAAGGACGAGACCGGACGCUUCCAGUUCAAGGAGAUUGAGGGUUCCGAAGAGGUUCUAGAAGCUGACCUCGUUUUGUUAGCCAUGGGCUUCCUCGGUCCAGAAUCGACGAUACUGGACAAACUAGGGUUGGAGAAAGACGGGAGAUCAAAUGUGAAGGCGGAGUACGGGCGGUUCUCGACGAAUGUGGAAGGCGUAUUUGCGGCGGGUGAUUGUCGCAGAGGGCAGUCGUUGGUGGUGUGGGCCAUCUCGGAAGGGCGGCAGGCGGCGGCACAGGUGGAUAAGUUCUUGAUGAAAGGUGAGGAAGAUGUUGAAAGCAGGUUGCAUGAAGAGAAGGUGAAGGAGCAACAGGCAGUUAGGACAUAGAGAGGUGGUUGAGUGGCUGGGGGUGUGUUAGUGUGUGGAAGUUAGUUUUAUAUCCUGCAGGCUCAGCUGUUUAUAGCCUUUUUUUAGUUAUACAAGUGUUUUAGUCUUGUUGCUUGUUUGAACUCUGAAUAAAUAAAUGUAUAGUUGAACUACAGGUGGUUUUGGCUAGAGUUGAACUGCUAUACAACCUGACCCGUUUCGACUCGAACUUAUGUUUGUUAAAGCCCGUUCUAACAUUAUAAAAAUCGAACUUAUGUUUGUUAAA